UAAGAGGCACAUCUCAUUUCUCAGCUUAGUGUUGUUUAUUUAUUAUUUUAUUUAGGCCUCUGCUUUACGUCUGUCAAACAAAGGCUGGAUGUUCUUUUAUCUUCAUUCUGGUCAAUGCAUGGCAAAUCUCCCGCGCUGAAGUCCACGGAAACGACUCCUCCUUGUUUCGCGCUACAUUGUGAACUGGGCGGGCGAAGAAAAGGAGAGAAGUCCGCUAUUGGGCAUUAUUUUGUCUCAGGGCCGCUUGUUUCCGCUUUUUCUUCUAUGCUCACGCCCAGCCCAGUGACCUGAGCUGAAUAAAUCCAUUUACUGAUAUAUAAAAUGGCCUCCUUGAAAGAUGCUGUAGUGUUUUAGCUUGCUAUCAAUUUCAUGGACUCUUCGUUUAUCAUAUUUUAUCUCUGUCACCACGUUCCGAAGAAAGUCAAGGGGGCUCGGGCAAUUUCCGUUUGUCUUUUGCCCAGCAGGAUAAGUUUAUAUUUUAUGUAGCCAAGUCGUCAAGUGGAUGUCGACUAAUAGCUAGCCAGCUAGCUGUUUUAGCCCAAUUACUAGCCGAAAAGCUAGCUAGUUGUGCAGAGUAGUCUCGCUCUACUUUGUUUUGAGCGAGGGAGCAAUAUAGCCGGGUCAGCAUCAAAUGGCCGAACAGCGAAAGGUACCUUUCGUCACUCUCGCCACCUUUAACACCUCACCAGCCUCGGAAACAAAGAAAAGACGUCGGGAGGAGGAUAAUGACACCAGCCACGGGAAAAAUGGAGGGAUUGGAAGUGCAGCAACCGGGCCAGGAGGUGGUAGUAGCAUGUUCGGUAACAUGAAAGGAAAUGGUAACGUUGCUGACGGAACUUCUGGAGAACCCAGGGCAGUCACGGUGCGUUUGAAUUUAUCCUUGUCUGAGCCCAGUGAUAAAGGAUCUGCAGAAUACAACUACAGCGAGCUGGUUCAAGCAACUCAGGUAAAGAAGAAGAAGCCUCCUCAAGGACCGCCUCCUCAAGGACUGACUCCCAACUUUGAUCCCAACGAUCCCUUUGGUGACGAUGCAAAAGAGAGGAUGGAGGUGGAAGCACUUGCCAAAAAGUUUGAGAGCAAAUAUGGGGGAAACCCGAGCAAAAAGAAGAGAAAGGACAGGAUCCAAGAUCUGGUGGACAUCGGAUACGGCUACGACGAGACGGACCCCUUCAUAGAUAAUUCAGAAGCCUAUGAUGAGCUGGUGCCCGCGUCCUUGACCACUAAGCUGGGCGGCUUUUACAUCAACACGGGCACCCUGCAGUUCCGACCAGCUUCAGACUCAGAGGGGGACGACACAACUAAGGAUGGAAAUCAUCUUAAGGCGCCAGCCAUUGAGGAAAGAGUGAUCAAGAAAAGGCGGAAAAAGCAAGAUGGUGGUUUGGAGCUGGAGAAGAAACCAAGAAAGAUGCGGGUGCCAAAGACAGGGGUGUCGUCAUUAAACCGUCCAGAGAAGAAGAAGCGUAAGAAGCUGAUGAAGGACUCCCUGAACCUGGCGGCCAUGCUGCGCCGCUUCGCCCGCGAGAAGGAGGAGAUCCGCAAGAAGCAGCCGGGCGUAGUCAAGGUGACCCGAGGCCCCAACGCUGCCAAUGCCACCGCCACGCCCAACCCUGCCGCCACCCAGCGACCCCCAGUGGCCGUGCUCAACUCCCACCCCCCGCCCGGUAACGCCGUCCCCCUGGGCACUGCCGUCACCACGCCCGGAGGCGACUUCAACAUGUCCGACUUGACCACCGACCCGGCGGUGAUGUCAUUGCUGGGCGGCGCCCAUGACAACGAGAUGCUGCAGGACCUGAUGGGGGACCUGGAUUUCGGCCUGUUGGACUCUCCCACGCCCGCCAGCCCCCGACAGCAGGCGGAGAACGGGAACCUGCUGCCAGGAGGUCAGAAGGCUGUGGUGGUACCCGGAGGUGUGGCAGCGGCGGGCCGGAUCCCCAAAGGACCCCUCAACCCACCGCCACUGCCCAGCGGCCUGCCGGGACCCCUGGUCAAGCGCAUCGAGGACCUGCGGGCGGCAUCACGUCAAUUCGACCAAGAAGGCCGCAAGAAGUUCUUCACUCUGGACAUGAACAACAUUUUGCUGGAUAUUGAGCUGCAGGUUCAGGAGCAGCCCAUUGAGGCUCGCUCAGCCGUCUACUCCCACAUGGAGGCGUUCGUACCAUGCAACAAGGAGGCCCUUCUCAAGCGUUUGAAAAAACUCAGCCUCAACAUACAGGAUGAUCGUCUGCGCACCCCUCUCCUGAAGCUGAAGCUGGCAGUCUGCAGCGUGAUGCCUGAGCAGAUAGCAAGGUUCAACAUGGACUGCAUGGCCAGGGUGGCAAAACAGCAGUCGGAAGAGGGAGAGAAGAAUGGCUCGGAGGAGGACGACGAGGAGAAGCCGGGGAAGAGGGUGAUGGGACCCCGCAAGAAAUUCAUCUGGGACGACAAACUCAGGAACCUGCUGUGCAUCUUGGUGCGGGUGAAGCUGGGCUGCUACGAGCGGGAGGCCCAGAACUCUCUCUCGGCUGAGGACUACCUCAAAGCCUUCAUGGAGACGGAGGUCAAACCACUCUGGCCCAAAGGCUGGAUGCAGGCCAGGAUCCUGUUCAGAGAAAGCCGCAUGGCCCAUAACCACCUCACUGGCAACUCGGUCAAGAAAAGAAUAGUACCCACACCAAAAGUCAAAUCCAAGGAGGUGGUGUGGACCCCGCGGGCGACCCCGGUGGUGGUGGACCCCUCCUCCCCGCUCGCCCUGGUGGCUCGUCAGCACCUGCAGCCCGAGCAGCUCCGCCAGUCGGAGCCCAUCUGCCUGUCCGACUCCCUGGACGAGGACCUGGGCACGCCCUCGCUGGACUCCAUCUCCCAGGCGCUGGCCCUCCUCAGCAACGCCGCCAAGGGCCUGAUCCAGGGAGACGGCCCCGCGCAGGCCUCCGCCCCUUCCUCCUCCUCCUCGCUCCUGCAGAAGAAGGGCCCCUACGUCUCUACCUCCUUCACCGGUUCCCCCACCCUCUCCUCCUCCUCCAUGGCUAAGGGUUCUCCGCUGGCCCAGGCUCACAGACACUCCUCCUCAGGGGCGGCUGAGUCGCCACGGACUCCUGGUAGCAAGGCCUCUUCCUCCUCCUCCUCCUCAGGCUCCCCGUCCACGGGCAACAAGGCCCGGCCGCCCCCCACCGCCUCCCCUCUCCUGCCCCCCCAGCACAAGGCCUUCAGCCUGGCUGGCAAGGUGGCCAAGGGUGGCACGGUGAGUGCCGCGGAGGUCAUCCUGGCAGCCUCGGCGCAGGCACGUGCCCAACAACACGCCAUGGCUGUCGCUGCUGCUGCUGCCGCCGCAGCCUCGUCCUCUUCCUCCCCCCACCACCUGGCCUCCAAAGCCCAGCAGCAGCAGGGAACACCGACCCCCUCACACCCCACUCAGGACUCCAGCACCAAGGCCUCGCCGGCCCCCUCGCCCCCCCAGCCUCGCACCCCUCCGUCCCAGCAGCAGCAGCAGCAGCAGCCAGGCUUCAUCACGCCCAUGCAGGCCACCCUCACCAAGUCCUCCCACAGCUCCAGCUCCCCCAUCCUGAAGCUGACCCCCAGGCCCCCGGCCCCUACGUCUGUCGCUGCUGCUGCCGCCGCCGCCGCCGCCGGGGCUGCUGCCUCCCCGUCCACUGCUGCUUCAGCUCCGCAGGCCAGGCCCUCCUCUCAGUCCCUCCCCGCUGCCCAGCAGUACACCUCCUCCGCCUCCCCUUCUUCCACAACGUCCUCCUCUUCGCCCGCCUCCAAGACGCCAGCUUUCCGCCCCCCUCACUCAGGCACCCCCAGGGGGCAGCAGGGUAACUUUGCAGCCAGCUCCCCGGCGGGCCAGAAGACCACCUCCGCGUCCUCCUCCUCCUCUCAGGUCACCAGCUUCUCCACUCCCGCCCCUAAACACUCAGCAGCAGCAGCAGCGGCGGCCGCCACAGCAGCAGCAGCAGCAGCAGCCGCCUCUAGUGCCAGCGCGCCCACAGGGCAGCGGCAGAGGGCCGGUAGCACGGGGGGCGUGGCAGCCAAGUCAGCAGCUGUGUCCUCAGCAUCAACUACUCCGCAGCUGUCACAGGUGUCGUCAGCUGGCAGUGCCCUGCUGGGUGCGGCGGGCCCGUCCCUGCCGCUGGGCUUCGGCAUGCUGGGGGGCCUGGUGCCAGUCUCCCUGCCCUUCCAGUUCCCCUCCCUGCUCAACCUGCCCCCGCCCGGUGUCACCAGCGCAACCGGCACCGCCGCCUCAGUCACCAGCAGCUCAGGAUACUCCCUUCCACAGAAUCUCUUAAAGAGUCUUCAGUCUGGCUCUCAAGCUGCACUACCUCCUCACUUGCAGCUGGCUUUCCCAGAUGUCACUCAAAGCCAGGGUGGGGACAAGAGGAAAACUCUCUGAAGUGGAUGAAUGGAUGGACUCGCAUGGAUGGGUGGAUGAGAUGAAUGAAUAAGCCUAACAGACAACAGAAAUUGAAUAUGCAUGGCCUCCAGAUCAAAAUCGCUGAAAAGGACAUGAUAAACUAAAAAAAAAACAAAAAAAACAUAACGGACAAAAAGGAAUGAAACAAAUUGGAUUUUAUGAUAUUGUUUUUAACUAUCAAAUGGGUAACAAAACCUUUUUGUCAAUGUUUACACAAACAGACCUGUAUCACUGUGGACAGGGAGGGAUGAAUGGGUUGGAAAUUUGAAUGGCUGGAUGAAUUGCUGUAUGAAUGAAUGAAUGAAUGAAUGAACGAAUGAAUGAAUGAAUGAACGAAUGAAUGAAUGAAUGACUGGGAUGGAUGAAUGGUUGGUUGGUUGGUUGGUUGAAUACCUGUAUGAAUAUGUGUAUUUGUACAUGCGCAUGCACUUCAGUGCAUCAAUUUGUAUAAAGCUUUUCUUUUGUUUUUAUUGCGUUUACCAAGCUGUAUGAAUGCAGCCCCCCUGCCUCAUGCCUACUAGGUCCUUGUGUCUCUUGGUGCUGUCUAUUGAGUAAUGAGAACCUAAUAAGCACCAUCCUGGCCUCUGUAAUCAAUGUAACAUGACAAAACUGCUUAAAAGGGGCUUCGGGAAAUGUCUUUUUUAUUCUACUUGAAAAUUUCUCCCCCCUCAUGAAGUUUGUUUACUCAAGUCAGCAAACAAAAAAAUGAAUGACAAUAAAAGGUAAACGGCCUUAGUUCAAGCCAAGAAACAUA